AUUCUGUAUUGGAAAAAUGUCUUAAUAUUUUCGUAGCCAUUGACUUUACUUAUAUGUGUAUCAGAAGCUAUAUUGUUUGUUAUAUGUGACACGUAGUGAACGUAGGCUACGAAUAUGGAUUGAUGAGCGAAUGGAAGAUUUUAUAAAAAAUACAAAGAAGCUGCGCUUUCGAUGAAUUGUGAUUAAUUUGAUCAGUUGUUGGGCGAAAUUGUUUUGGUGAAGAUUGUUAUUGGAAAAUAUUUUCCGCAACCAGGAAAAUAUGAUCACUUUGAAUGCCGUUCUAUCCGCGUCGACUGUGACCACAACAUUUCUGCAAUUCAUGUCAGGAGCGUUGGUGUGCCGAAAAUUUGUACAAAACAAGAGCACGGGGGAUUCGUCUGCGUUUCCAUUUAUCUGCGGUUUCCUAUCAUGCAGUUUAUGGCUGAAAUAUGGCACAUUGGCAAAUGAAAUGACCGUCGUUUUGGUCAAUGCAGUUGGAGCCACAUUGUUUUUUAGCUAUUUUAUUGUGUUUUGGAUGUUUACGGUUAACACCGGUGCAAUUUAUCGUCAAUUUUUUGGCGCAAUUCUUGUGCUCGGCCUUGUACUUUCCUAUACCAAUUACUAUCAAGAGAAUCGAAAUGAAGCGAUCGAAGUUGUUGGUUACGUAUGUUGUACAAUAACAGUGUUAUUCUUUGCAGCCCCUUGUUGUAUGUUAGUAGAUGUAUUUCGAACAAGGUCUACCGAAAUGCUGCCUAUCCCGCUAAUUUUGAUGUCAUUCAUCGGGUCAGUCCAAUGGCUUGCCUUCGGCAUCAUUGCAAAUGACAUAUUCCUUCAAAUUCCAAAUCUUCUUGGUGCCUUAUUAUCCGGCACACAAUUAUCUUUGGUUUGCAUUUAUCCAAAUAAACCAAGAAUAUCAAGUACAUCAACCUCAAGCACUGAUAUUCCAUAUGCAAUUUUUUAAGCCUUUAAGUAAAUUAGCUAAAAAUGAAAUAAAAACAUAUUUCGUUGUACGUUACGUUACAAACGACCUUAGCACGCAAUACAUUCAA